UCGGGUUGCUUGUAGUCAUCUAGGGUAGCUCCCGUUACACCCCAAUUAUGCCUUGGCAAGUUGGUGGUAAGAGUAAGGGCUUCCUGUUCCUUCUCCUUGCGGUAGGCGCUCCGCAAAGAAGCGGUAGCGUUCCGUACAUGUUGCUCUCAUCCGGAGGCUCCAAGUGCGUGUCGGUUGAUGCUCCGCGUCACACCACACUGCGGGUCGACUAUUUUGUACCUGACCUGAUGGUGGAAGACGAGGAGGAACUAAAAUUGGAAACCGAUGCCGUCAAUAGCGUUUCCGAAACGGAACCAAGGACAGAGGAAGGUCUCGAUUCUCGAUUUAAUGACUACCAGAAGCGAAGAAUGGAACUUUUAAAAAAGGCGCGUCACGGUCGAAAAGGUCACGACACAAACAUUCUCAUGUACCAGCGGGAGGAAGGCAGUACAUUCCAUCGGAGGGGAAAAGCGAACCCCACGGGCUCGGGGAAAAUUCGUCAACAGAUCGAUCAACGCGCUGGUUCCGUGGAAUUCCGCACCGGCGAGGUCGACGGGCCAGUGGAAGUUUGUGUGCAGUCCUAUUCCGCCUCACGGCAACUUCCGGUUAGAGUCGCCCUCAAUGUAACCAGCAAAGCGAGCGAGGAGCCACCUGUGAUACCCCUCCAAUACGCCGAUAUUGCGGAGCAGUUGAACGUGCACAUGAGCAAAAUCACAGUGGACCUGAAACGGAGCCAGGAAAAGUUGAAAAAUAUCAUGGCCAAUGCCGGGUACGCCCGUGAAAUGGAAGUCGGAUUUCACGGCAAGUCCUUGAGCUUGAGUACAGCCAUUCGCUACUGGCCCAUGUUCCGUAUGGCGGUCCUUAUUUUUGCGGGUUUCUUGCAAGUACGCCACGUUGUCCAAUACAUGAAAAGUCGUCGCAUUUAUUAA